UUCUGUCUAUUGACAGUCAGCGACUGCGCAAAGCCUACCUUGUAGCCUACUACCCAAGGUGGGAGGACUUCGGAGGAGGGUACAGUAUUGACUCCCUCUACUUAAAUAAGAGAUUGCACAUAGAAGUAGAGAGUAUGGGGGACUGAACUGCAUUCAAUAACCCAACAUCACGGAGGGAAUUCCCUGACAAGAACGCACUAAACGCGAUUGGAGUGAAUGGGAUAAUACACCGCCAAUGGGUAGAUUGUCGGUAUAUCGCGUUCUUGGACCUCAGUGAUAAACAGAUGUCGGUUUUCUCUUCGCCAUUCAGAACCUUGGUUCGGUGACUCACUCUUCGUUAGUUAAUUUGCUGGAUCUCGUUGCCUGCCCGGUGAGGAGAGGAGUAACCUACAUAAUGAAGUUCAAGCCGAACCAGACUAGGACUUAUGAUGGCGAGGGCUUCAAGAAGCGAGCGGCAUGCUUGUGCUUCAAGAACGAACGUGAAGAAGAGGUAAAGAUGGUUAUAUUUCUCAUUGACAGUUCAGGGGACCGAUGCUGUCCUGUCUUUAAACCAAACCACUGCUCUCGGCUAUAGCCUACAAUUGUCCAUAUUGUAUCUAUAUUUGCCUAUUGUAAUAGACUUGAAUAGGUUUUCAUUGUGGUUUUCCCACUUAAUUCAUCAGAAAAUGUCGAUGUGCGGGGGCUGUCUUGCCGUGUCUGAAAGAAAUGCUUCUGCGGAGUUUUUAAAACCUAAUGAUUCGAGAUGUAGACCUGAUGUUAAACAAAAAACAAAAACAAAAAAACAGGUGUGUUAUAGUCUAUUAAUACGCUUUUUAUGGGCCUACGUUCGAUAGCUUUAGUAAUACAUCCUUACUGGUGUGUGACUGCCCGCGGCUAUCCAGUUUGGGCUAGUUUGAUUGCAAAGCGAGGGGGGCGAGGCGCUCUGUUGCAUGUUUCAUAUGACGGGCGGGACAUCAGUGCAGCCAUUGCUACAUUGUAUGACACUAACACUGUACGAAUGCAUACGAUUUUAAAAACUAGUAACAAUAUCACCUUUAUCAUUUAACACUUUAUAAUCUCUGCUGCCUGAAAAUAAAAUGCGUUAUUGAUGAAGUGGCCAUUUUGUUGGACAGGUUUUCAGGAUCCUAGGCUAAAACCAAAGGUAGUCCACUGAAAAGUAGUCUCAAUUAUUGCUUUGUUUUUUAUAUUUCUGUUUUGAGAGAAUAUCUUUAACAAAAAGCUGUAGACUUAGACAUAUGCCUCGUAAUAGUUUCUGGGUUUUAAGCGGGCUUCACCAUGAUAGCCUACGCGCCAUCAUGAUGCAAGCGUUCACUGACUAUGGUUUGACAAAAUGGACUGUCUGCCGAAGUCAAUUUCCCCGAAGUUAUAGCAACAUAUAGGACUCGUUCCAUACUUUUUUUUAUUUUAUUAAAUGGGAAGCAAUUAUUUCCAUGUUAUAGGCUAUAUUGUUGUGCAUGUGUUCUUUCAUUCAAUAUAGCAUGCUCCAAUUGUUUCUGCCUAGGUCUAUUUAAAUGUUUAAAGCCACAAUAUGUACAGAAUAUGACUUAGGCCUACUACCAUAAUAAGUUAAAUAGGCCCACUUUAUCAUAACCAAAAUCUAAGGACCAAUUCCAUUGUUUAUGACUUUACUUUGUUGUCAUAUCUUGUGUUACUAUUUAAUUUUAAUUUCUAAACUGCAUUGUUGGGUAGGGCUUGUAAGCAGGCAUUUCACGGUAAAGUCUACACUACACCAGUUGUAUUCCGCGCAUGUGAUAAAUACAAUUUAAUUGAUUUGAUUUGUUGGUCAUAGAAGACUUAGUAAGCAAAUUAUGUAAUUUUUCAGUGCAUGAACUAAGGUCGAGAAGACUAUUAAGGUUGGCCAUUAAUGUAAAAGAGGCGAUGCUUUUCAUUUCUUACUGAGCAACAUACUUGUUUAUGAAAGGCUCCUUAGUUUGGAUUUCAAAUCCACAUUUGUGUCAGACAGUUCAAGACACUGCAGCCUCUGACUUCCCCUGCACCACUGUUAUGCAAUAUAUAAGCUGCAGACUUUAUCUGUCUGUAUCUGUCAUUAAGAACUCUAUCAGAGCACUCAAGUAUUUGUACAACACACCACACACACACACACACACACACACACACACACACACACACACACACACACACACACACACACACACAAAGAGAGAGAGAGAGAUGGCCUCAAGGAUAAAUUGUUGUCCCUUCAGUCUGCGGGAGCCUUGUUCUCUCCCUCAUGCAUAGCCAGUUCUUUCAGGAACAAGGAAUCGAGAUAUAUCAGUUUGCUGUGUGUCAGUGUGUGCCGUGCCAUAGGCCCAUUGCAUUGUGGUAGAGCAGCUGGGUAGCUGGAAGGCUUUCUCACUGAGUUAUAUUAAUGAGACUGCCCAAUCUCAGUCUCAAUGCUUUAUUCCAAUCUCCACUUAGAUUUUUACUUGUGAAGUAUUUAUAAACAUUAGUAAUUACCUACACAUAUAGUCUUGUUGCUGACAUUCAUUUUUCAUGCUAUAAAACAAGUCAACCUUGAUGUAAUGUCUUAGCUUGUUUUAAUAUUUAAGAUACCUGUGGUGGAACUAAUGGAGACCAUCUUCAGUCACCCACCUGUGUCUCUGGUCAAGGGUAUUGUUAGGUCAAGAAAUGCUUCGCCUGUGUCUGUCCAACUGUUCAUCUUUACAGAGUUUGCUCUAGAUCUGUCCAGCUACUCUGCCGUACUUGCAUGCACUCAUUAAGCCUGAACAGGAGUAAAGCCUCUGUGGCUCCUGCAUGGCCAAUACUGUCUUUGCCAAUGCCACCUCUUUGUGCCAAUCCCAUGCUGUUGAAUCCCUGAAGGAUUGCGGCCCAUCUGUAUCUGAAGAACUUGUCUCAACCUGCUUUGGUCAGAUCUCAGCAAUCAAAUCUCAGUCCCGUUUGUGGAGAUGGAACAAAAAUGUAGCUUCUCCAGCACAAACACACACACACACACACACACACACACACACACACACACACACACACACACACACACACACACACACACACACACACACACACACACACACACACAUUCACACACACACACACACACACACACACACACACACACACACACACACACACACACACACACACACACACACACACACACACACACACACACACACACACACACACACACACACACACACACACACACACACCAUUGAGAGGGCCUGAGUAGGUUAAUAGGAACUCCCUGUGAUGUCAGAGACUUUGUUUAAGGAAUGGAAAAGGAGAAAGAUGAACCCUCUAUGGUCAGGUGUUCAGUGACAAGGAUUAAAGCCCAACAAGGGAAAACAGGAACAUUACAUCCCUCAGGGCCAGUGGCAGUGGGCGGGUCAGUGGCAGUGGGCGGGCCAUUUGCCUCCAACAACAGUAGAGACUAGAAGAGUGUUCAUGCCGGAGGGUAGGAGCGAUCUGUUAUGGGUGCCUUCAUCCCUGAAACAUUCCUGAGGCUGUAUUACAGUACACUGUGUCUUUUCAGUCCACUGUGUCACUACAAGACUAAGGGUUUGUUGACACUUGGUAAAGUACAGUUUAUUGUUGGUCUGGAUGGACUAAAGGGUAGCCUAUUACUAGGCACAUUAUGUUGCCCUACCUGUACAUUGCUAGAUAGGAUUUAAAGCUGUAUUGAAUGUGUGUGGUCUGGAAUGGGCAUAUAUUUGGCCUUUGUUUUUUUAUACCGACUAGGCUGAAAGUAGGUGUAUUUGGUGUAAAAUAAGGGGCAGCAAACUUCCGUAUGUUGACUUCAUAGGUCUAUUUUGGUUACCACUAACCACUCUCCUAAUGCAUUAAAAUACUCCAGUCUAAAACUUCUAACCUCCUUAGGCUGGCAUGUAGGAGACUGGCUUAUUUGACAGCCACAGGAGUUCCUCCAUCGUGUUGCUCCUCCGAGAGAGUAGGUGUUUAUUUCCUCCCUGAGAUUCCUGGCCCGUUCAGCAGGCUUACAAAACGCACUGGAAUCUCGCUGGGAGACGCUGCUCUAUUCCCUUUGGGCUUUUUCCACCCCCGCUCCCUCUGCACCUGACCUUUGACCUAUCUAAUAUGUUGGUGUGGAGUUUUGCUCCUCACCAUGCCUAGUGUUCCAUGAUUGUUUAGGGGAGCAUACCUUGCUAGCCUAAGCUGUUGACAUAAAUGAAAUUAACAAUGUUUUGUGUAUUGCAUUAAUUUGUAUGAGGUGCUUAUGUCUUUCCUGGAAAUAAUUAAAUUCGUAGCAGCUCAUAUCCAACCACAUUUUGAGCAAGAAAUAGAAAACAUAGGACUUGAAAAGUGAGGCAAAAAUAACACUGGGCGGGAUGUAGUCUAGCUAGCUUUGUUUUGUAAACUCCACGGUAGACAAUGUCAAACGCAGUGACAUCCCUCCCUGAGCUGCUUAAAGCCCGAAGAAAACUAUUUGCAAAAGGCACACAGCAGUGCCCCACCCCCAUAUAUAAACACAGACAGUACCCCCCCCCCCCCCCCAACACACACACACACACACACACACACGUGUACACACACACACGUACACACACACGUACACAUUCUGAAGCGCUAGCAGUCUAGUAUAAAUAGGUUAGUAGGUUCAUUCUAUCCUCAUGUUUUGUGGCUUUAGGGCUCAUACUGUAGGCUACCCUGCUGCUUCAGUUGGAUUCCCUCAUCUGUAUGUGGCGCCCGUAAAUAUAGCUAACCGUCCCACCCUCUGUCCACCCUCCAUCCCCUCUUAGCCCAGGACGAGCCAGAUGAGAUGUCGGCUCGGUUAAGGCCCGGGAACAUGACGUGGUGACCUAAAGUGGAAGGGUGACACGUGCCAUAUCCUCUGUGUGGCCACUCUUGGUCACUCGACUUGUCACUGUCUGGCUCCUGGCUCGGACCUCAACGGGCCUCCUCCAGCAAUCCCAUUAGAGCAGCACGGAGGAGUCUCAAAGCCGCACUGCUAGCUUUUAUUACCUGGCUGUCAUGCUGACACACUGGUCCGAUAUAGAGGGGUCGGGAUGGGGGAAAGAUGGAAGGUGAAAGCCACACAAGCUGCUGCUGAAGCUGGAUCACUGUCGUCUGUCGUAUUCGACUGACUUGGGUUGGAUGAGCUGAUCUGGGAUCAGCCUUUAGGAGCAGAAGGCAAGCUACCUAAAGCAUCCAGUAACUUGACCUGCCCUACUGGGUGUUUCCUCAGCAUGGUGAAAGAGACAACUGAGCAACUAUGUCAUGAGUGUGUGUGUGUAGGUCAUGUGUGUGUGUGUGUGUAUUGCAUCAUGAAAAUUCAGAUACAGGCUCAUUCAAUCAGUAUGGAUCGUUGUACACUGCAGACUGUGGUGUAAUUUAAGCUCAGGCACCUGCUUGGAUGCUCCCAAAAGGACCUGAUCCUGGUCAAUCUAACAGCCAAGUGGUGGAGCAGAGGGCCCUGUGGUGGAGCAGAGGGCCUUGUGGUGGAGAAGAGGACCCUGUGGUGGAACAUAGAGCCCUGUGGUGGAGCAGAGGGCCCUGUGGUGGAGCAUAGAGCCCUGUGGUGGAGCAUAGAGCCCUGUGGUGGAGCAAAGAGCCCUGUGGUGGAACAUAGAGCCCUGUGGUGGAGAAGAGGGCCCUGUGGUGGAGCAUAGAGCCCGGUGGUGGAGCAGAGAGCCCUGUGGUGGAGCAUAGAGCCCUGUGAUGGAGCAUAGAGCCCUGUGGUGGAGCAUAGAGCCCUGUGGUGGAGCAGAGAGCCCUGUGAUGGAGCAUAGAGCCCUGUGGUGGAGCAUAGAGCCCUGUGAUGGAGCAGAGGGCCCUGUGGUGGAGAAGAGGGCCCUGUGGUGGAGCAUAGAGCCCUGUGAUGGAGCAUAGAGCCCUGUGUCGGAGCUGGACUCACAGAGCUAUUGUGUUUUCUCUGCCAGGUGUUGCUGGUGAGUAGCAGUCGGCACCCGGACCAGUGGAUCGUCCCAGGUGGAGGGAUGGAGCCGGAGGAGGAGCCCUGUGGCGCAGCAGUCAGAGAGGUGUUUGAAGAGGUGAGUUCACCUGUCAUCAUCAUCAUCAUGAUAUAUUAAAGGAAAGAUUUACCCAUUUGAAUGUUAUAAUACACAUAAAAAUUAAAAUAAUGACCCCGGGAGUCGAUAGAACAUCACUCAGAGAUGCACAAAAACAAUAUAACAUUCAAAAUGGUUGAAUCUUUCCUUUAAUCCAAUCAAUGAUCACCAUAAUCAUCAAUGAUGGGUGUAUAACUAAUAGCUAUAUGCACGCACAAAACACACAUUGAUCUGAUGGUCGUUCAUUGAUUUGUCUGUAAAGAACAUGCCUUUUAGCGAUGGGUGAGACUAUUGUAAUGUGUUAGUUGUAAACUCUGGCUUCAAGUCAUGUAGUGAUCAUGUCAUCUAUAUGAGUAUCAGACGUUUUUUGCUGGCCCCUGAUUGGUCAUUUACAGGCAACGUGCAGGAAUGUCUGUAGGCCCUAAAUAUUCUCAUAUACACUAUGAGAGAGAGAGAGAGACCCUCUAUAAUUCACCACUGCCUUCCUUGUGGCAUGUGACUGACCUUGCCGAUCUUCUGGGAUAUCUCAAUGGCACUUCACAGCAUGUCCUCUCCAAAGUGGCUUCACCGCUAAAGGGUUCAGCUCUGAGAGACACGAUGUAUGCAAUGAUUGUGGGUGACGGGAACGCACUUAUGACAUGUCACCAUAUUUUCCCCACUUCUUUUUUAUCUUGGCUGUGACCCUGUUUUAGCUUUGUAUUCCAACAGUGUGGGAGUCACAUACCCACUUCCUAUUUUGGCAUGUACUUUUUCGACGGCUGUCUCGUUUUUGGGUUAGUUAUUAUUUUCCCAAAACGGUUACAGAGGACACAUUUUGGCAGAGGUGCUUUUGGGGUGAAUACCGUGUUGACAGCUGGAGGAUGUUGGUGUAGGCUGGCAUGCCGCCUUAAAAACCAACCAAAUCUCUAUUUUUAAACAGACAAACCAGGUAGGGGCUUUUUGGGGGGGUUCUAUGAGCCCUCUGUUUGAAGUCAAUGGCAAUUCUACUAUGUGAAAUAGGGGGUUGGGAGGUACAUUUUAGUGGGUCCAAAGUGGGUUUGUAGAGAAAGGGGUCAGAAGGAUUUGGUUUGGGUAGUGACUGAGGAGCUGGUGGUAUUCCAAAGGUCCAGCUGGUGGGAGACCUAACGUACUUGGCUACGUCAGCAGGCUAAACUUGGCUCCCUGCUGGAUUCCAGCACAUUCACAGGUCCUAAAGCCUGUCCAGUGGACGUGGACAGAUUGUCUUUGUGAAGCUUGUUAAAGGGGAAGGAAGGCGAAUAGGGGGUGGGUCAUAUGUCUUUUUGGAAACAGUCUCUCUGAUUUUGACCUCUAAAUAUACAGCAGGACUAGGUGGGUUUGUGUUAUGAUAUUCAAUCACAUUAUAUCGGGCAACGUUCUGAUCACACACACACACACACACACCCACUCUUCACAUCUCAACACCCACUCUUCACAUCUCAACACACACUCCUAACUCCAGUCAAAGGUUUUCAUACUAAACCCCCACACUGUAUUGUCAAGAAUUGGGAUUUCUCUACUUUCCUUUUUAAUCUAACACCAGUGUUUUGGUUUGUCAAAUUGCCAUAGGCCCAAUACUGUCAUCUCACAUCCUCCUAAUACCUCUCUCCUCUCUCCCACCAGGCUGGAGUGAAAGGCAAGUUGGGACGUCUGCUAGGUGUGUUCGAGGUAAGGCGUGACUCUGGGCUGACAGUCAUUAUAAGACAGUUACGUUUUUACUCCCUGUAAAACUGUCAUUGCUAUCUAAGUGUACAUUGUCACAUGAAUUAAAUUCAAGUGAGUGGAUUUGGUUGAUGCCUAGUCAAGGGUUGACAAACUACCCUAAAGCAUGUGCACCCUCUGAAAGCGGCUUUUUUUUCUUGAGGUGGCACAGGUAGAGGUUCUUCCGACCUGGAUUUUGAAAUGUAUUUUUAUUUUUCACUUUACAGCAGAACCAAGACCGAAAGCACCGAACGUACGUUUACGUAUUGACUGUGACGGAGACAUUGGAAGCAUGGGAGGACUCGGUCAACAUAGGUGAGCGAUAUAAUGUCACAUGACAUCAGGACUUCAAUGUCUAUUAUAAUAAUCUGUUAUUCCAGGAAGGAUAUUGGCAGCACCAACAGGUCUCACUGACUAAAAGGCCUGCGAUUGCAGAAAACAAGCAACAAACAAGUUCAAUAUUUCUCCAAUAACAUCCGGCUUCACGUAAUCUAAAGUUUGGAGUCAUAACACAUCAAUUCCAAAGUGGCUGAUUUAGACUCAACUUAUGCUACUAACUGCUAAACCAUACCAGCCUUCUGGCCUUGGAGAGUUGGACUAAAAUAGCUGCUAAAAGGUUGAGUAAAAUGUGAACGUGUGAUUGGAUUACUCAGCAGGUCAUCUACCCCAGGCCUUCCCAAACAGACCUUGACUCACCACUGACUGCACCGAACCGUGUGACCUGACCUCUGAAAUCCACUAAACACCCUUUAGACUUCAUCAGUCUUUCUCCUGAGUGGCUGGAGCUUUUAGUCCUUAUAGAUCUUACAGUACUCAGUAUAUCAACCUCAGUAUUUCUUUCGUUUUUGUUUACCGACUUAACCGCACCAAUAUGUGUUCCUUUGCACUAAUAAUCCUCAUUCCUGUUAACACACAGGAUUACCAAACAUGGGCUACGACCUGUUCCUCAAAAAGAAUGGUGUGAAAGCAUGCCACUGUGAAUGACCUUUCCUUUAAAUGAGUUAAUGUCUAUGGCAAUAACAAUGUAGCUGUUGUUAGAGAUAAUCAAUGUAUUCUGAUAACAUCUAUUCUGGAAACAUGUAUUCAAACAGGCUAUUAGCACCCAAGACUUUAGGUAGGCUGAAAUUAAUAGGGAAAUAAAUGUUGAAUGUUUAUAUGACAAACGUUGGGCGUGUUUGCAGAUUGGUAAGGGGAUACCAGAAUAUUUUAUUGACAGUGCCACAUGGGGUUGAUCCAGAUCCCAUUUCUUUGUGAGAAGAUCUUCACCCCUCAAAGGGCAAAUGUCACCCUAAGUUCAUGUGGAAACCCCCAGUAGUUCUGAAUGCUGACUGGUUAUUGGGACUGUAUUAAAGACAUGCUCUGGAACUUUGGCGACUAGUAAGUAUUUUUUUUAACCUCCCACUUUGGGCUGGAUGUGUAGCCUAGCGGUUAAGCACUUUGGGCCAGUGACGUGGUGCACACAUCUGCAUAUAUGUGACAUAGUACGCAAUUUAUGGGGGCCUCUUUCAGAACUACUGGCUAAAGAGUAUACAAAAGUACCGGAUAGUCUCUUUAUGUAGGCUUUUGUUGUUGCAAGAAUAGAUAUUGUAGGGGUAUAAUUAAUGAAACAGUAAUUCCUGCUCUUUACUAACAAGUUUCCCAGUAAGUAUGUGUGGACGAGGAGGCACCCCCAGGAAGGGGAAGAGGCCCGGGGCCUCCACUAAUCCUGUUGUAUGGUAUCAAUGUUCUAACAACCUCUUUCUUAUCUAAACUCAGUUUCAACAAGGUUGAUCUUUCUUUCCUCACUUAUACAAAUACAAAGUGUAAAAAUUUGCAAUAGGUUACAGGCCAUUUCUGUGUUAUUAGCCCCAUAUUUGUGUUUGAAAUGCAUACUGGGAUAUUUCAGUCAUUUUGAGUGUCCCAGAGUCUCAAAGUCAACAUUUUUAUGAAACCCUUAAACAAGUUAACAUUUCACAGGUGAUCGUCAAUUUCAAAAUGACUCAGGACAAAGCCUUCAGGUGGUUGGUGUAAAAUGUCCACUGCUUGGCCCCCCUGGUGGUCAACAGCAGGAGUGAUUCACUCUUUUCAAUCUCUGUCUCCCCCUGGUGGUCAACAGCAGGAGUGAUUCACACUCUGUGUUUCUGUCUCCCCCUGCAGGUCGUAAACGGGAGUGGUUCACGGUGGACGAGGCCAUCAAAGUCCUGCAGCACCACAAGCCGGACCACGCUGAGUACCUGAAGCGGCUUAAUCUCAGCUGCUCCCCAACUAACGGGAACUCCCUGCUCCCCAGCCCGCCCCCUAAUGACAACUUCCCCCGUUACGGCCCCCCCACCACUGGAUCUGUUCUGGGCCCCUCGCGCAGAUAGGACUGGCCCCUUCCCACGCCCAUGAACUAUCUUCUACCUGUACAGAUACACUGAAAACUGACAUUUUGCAUGAAUAUACGAAUCCUCAGAGUCACGGCUCAAGCCACAUGUAUGUAAAUGACUGUAUACUUGGACAAACCAAAGCCAUACUUGGAACUGUGUCUGGAUGAUUCCGUUAAGGAAUGCCUUUCAGUAACUUCUUUAAGAAUGCUCUAUUGGGGUCAAUUGUAUUAUUAUUUUCUUCCAUAAUGAAGUAAAUCACACAACAUGGCUGCCACAGAAAAGGGGUCAUUGGCUGACAAUAGGAUGGAAAAUGGUGGUGUCACUGGACCUCGGGAGCUGGCACAAUAUUGACAACAAAGAGAUGCUACCUCAGUUGGACGAGCACUGGAAGGACCGUCUUAGCACGGUGUCGGAUUCCCUUUGGCUGGUGUUUAACCUAUACUAACAAACUACAGCUCAAAAAUAUGACUGUUUAUCUACUUCAAGUAGGACCAUAAAGUGUGGACAGAAGACAAGGGCUCACUAUUAUCCCUCCCCCUUCACCUCAGUAAUUGGUGCCCUUCUUCAAGUAGUUGUAAAAACAACAAACAUUUUUAUUUUAUUUUAUUUUAUACGGAGCAUUUCACAUUUAAUUGCCUUUAAUUGUGUUGCAUUGAUUGUCAUCAUCUAUCAUCAUCAUGAAUAACACUAAUUUGAUAAACUCAUUUAAUUAUUAACCCCGCCCCAUAUAUGAUCACUUCAAUCUUCAAAAGAGUCUCUUUACAAGUUGAAGGCAGGCCCUCUUUAAAAUAAUAAUAUCUAUAUUUCAUUAAAUUGCCACAAACGAUGUCUCCUCAAUGCUGAGAUAAUGUACCUUAAUCCACACUUGUGCAUCUUGUCUGACCACUGAAUGAGGAUUGAACCCCCCACACAGGGGAUCUGUAAAUACUUUGCUGCAGAGAAGUGUAGAGUUAUUUGUCUGGUUAACAGAAAUGCAACCAUAUUAACUUUUCUCCUCUCCAUCUUUUAGAUUGUUUUUCUAAUGAUGUAAAAAUAUAUAUACUGUAUAUAUAAAAUUGUUUUAAGUGUGUGUUUCAUGGAGAAAUGCUGUGCCAUGUAGUGAAGGUCUGACAGUAAAAAUUUUCCUCCUUUCAGUUCCACUUAAGAACAGAGAUGAGAUGACAUGGAACAACGAAUAGGAAAGUUGUCUGAAAGAGAAAGGGAGUGGAUGGAAAUUGGUGCUUUCGGUGUUGGAUUUAUGGUGGAACGGCAAUGGUGGUUAGGCUGAACCUGGAAAUGUUCUUACGAUGGACAUGGAUGUGAGAUAUUGUAGUUGAGAACACACUUGUAAAUUGUACUGCUUUACUGGAGAUUAC